CCCCUGCUGCUGCUGUGUUCGCUUGUGCUUCUGUCAAAUUCACACAAAUUUCGGCUUCGCCCCAAAGAUAUUUUUUUUUCAUUAAUCUGAAUAUUUUUCUUUGUACAAUAAAUUUGAUAACUUUCUGUGAAUUAUAAAUUGUCAAGUCGAACGUUGAAUCAAUUUUCCCAAAACUAAAUUAAGUCCCGAGAGAAAAGUGGUCCCAAUCUAGAGGCAAAUCAAAACCUAACCUACACAGUAAAUGAUUGCGUUUUUCUUUUUGUAUUUUGAUAUUCAUAUAAUUGUGCUGUUUGGGAAGCUGGAGACAUACAAUCAUCUAUUUGGAUAGAAAAUCUUUUCUUUUGAUAAUAUUUUUUGUGGUGAACGUGCGGAGGACGAGAGUGAGUACGAGAACGGGAGGAAGUCAGUUGCCGAAGCAGAGUACUACACCACCUUCUUCUUCUUCACCUACUACGGCGACUACGACGACGACGAAGACGACGAAUUUGGAUUCAAUUAAGAGGACAACAACACACAUUUAGUGUAUCUGCUUCUUGCCAUGCCCCGCGGCAAAAGACGAUCGAACCUUGAGAUGGUCCCCGGCGAAGAAGAACGUCAAACCUCCAAGAGACAGAGAAAUAAUUACUCAAGACGCCACAUAAAAGCCGAGGAUUCAUUUAGCUCAAAAAAAUGCAUUGCGUGGUUCAGAGAAUACACAAGUCCCGACGAACCAGACACAUUAGGUCCGGAUGGUAUGGAAAAAUUCUGUGAGGACAUUGGCGUUGAGCCAGAAAAUGUAGUAAUGUUAGUUUUGGCCUAUAAAAUGGGCGCCACACAAAUGGGAUUCUUUAGUCAAUAUGAAUGGUUAAAAGGCUUAACUGAAUUGGAGUGUGAUUCUCCAGCUAAAAUGCAAUCAAAAUUGGAAUAUUUAAAAAGUAUACUAAAUGACUCGAAUAUAUUUAAAAGCAUAUACAGAUAUGCCUAUGACUUUGCUAAGGACUCAGAUCAAAGAAGUAUGGAUAUAGUGACAGCCAAGGCAAUGCUACAAUUACUUUUAGGCAAACACUGGCCAUUAUAUCCACAAUUCGCACAAUUUCUAGACCAGUCAAAGUACAAAGUAAUAAAUAAAGAUCAAUGGUGUAAUAUAUUGGAGUUCUCAAGAACAAUAAGCAACGAUUUGUUAAAUUAUGACAUCGAUGGGGCAUGGCCCGUCAUGCUGGAUGAAUUCGUGGAAUGGUUAAGGCAACAACGCAUCUGUUCAAGUACCACAAGCUGAAAUUAAAACAAAUUAUCCGUGCGCUAGCGCAAGGAAAAAUUAUUUAAAUUUACGGGAUAUAUACAAAAAAAGAAAUAAAUUAAAAUAAAAACAACAACAAAAAAAAGAAAACAAAACUAUUAUGUUAUAAAAAUACUAUCGAAAGAAAAGAAAGUAAAGAAAAAUCACUUUAAAACAUAUUUAAUUGGUUUUGUGUAUAAAACAAAAAAAAAAAAAAACAAAAAAAAAUAUAUUACAAACUAAAAAGUCAUUCACAUUUUCAACAAACUCUUGUACAUAAAUUCAAGUGUAAAACAGUCAAUCGCGUCAUUAUAUUUUUUUAUUUUUAUCUUUUUUGUACUGCAAAUAUUAAAAGAAAAAAAAAAUACACAAGUUGUAAUUCUCUCUCCUCUUCUGUCCGAUAUCAAUCUUUUUUGUUUUGUAUUAUUUAUUUAUUUAUAACGAACGAAAUACAAAAAACAAAAAGAUAAAAGUUAUAUCAAACUUUAAAUCAAGACUUGAAAAACGUGUGCAGCUGCUCCAAUAAUAAUUAUAAAUACUUUUAAUUGUUUUCAUAACUUUCUGCAAUUCAAUAUUAGAUAAAUUACAUAAAAUGCAUAUUAACAGUUGAAUCUUCCAUUACAAAUGAAACAAAAGAAACAAAUAGUAAUUUUAAAGACUUCUUGUUAAACAAUUUAGAUUAUUUUUUUUGUAUGUUUUCUCAAAUUUUCCAAUUGAAACUAAAAAUGUAAUAAUUGUAAGUUUUUAAUGUCGUACAUCUUCGAUUUGAUUGAAAUUUAUUGAAUAAUGAGAUUUGAUUAGAACUUCGGUCAAAAAUGCAAAGAAAACUCAUAUGAAAUAAUGACCAAUAUUAUGAAUUAGCGAAUCAUCAGUUAAGUAAAGUAAGUGACCUUUUUACUACCACCAUUUGCGAACGACCUUACUAAAUUAUUAAAUAUCUUUAAUUCAGAUAUCCACUUUUUCGAAAUGAGUUUUUUCAUAACACAAGUAAUUUUUCGAAAACUUUUCUUGAGUUCGAUUCGCUAGUAAUAAUGUAGAUUUAGUCUAAAUCUCGUUUUACAACUUAAGGAGGUCUUCUCUUCUUUCUUUAUAAAGAGAAAAAAACAUUGAUCCAUCUCAAAGCAUAAAACGCCUUGCAAUAUAGGUAACUGAGGGUUGUAUGAGUAAAACAGAGCUCUUAUCAGUUUCUCCGAGCAGGUUCUCUAUUUUUUACAGGGAACAAAUUUGUAAUUUUGUACAAGAAGCUAUUAAGCCCUACUCUACUGAGUAACCUGCUCUGAGAACAUGCUUCGUUUUAUCUACAGGGCUGUGGUUGACUAUUACACAUUCUUCAUUUAGAGUGCCAACUGCUGAAUCGAAUCGAGUCAGAAAAAAAAAACGGUUUAGUAAAUAAAAUAAAAUGAAUGGUUUACCAAAAAUGGAUAUUUUGAAAAGAAAUGAAUUAAAGAACAAAAGUGUUGAGAAUUUCGGAGUCAUUUUCUAAAUCUGGAAACAAACAUUUUCAUGACUCGAUUGGAUAAAACUGUGACCCAAUUAUAGUAUGACUUCCAUUCUGAGGUGAAUCAUCUCUUGUGAACAUUGUUUUCAAAGUGCCCUUUCAAAAAUUUCAUCAUAAUCUGAAACUUGAACGAAUAUCGAAAAAAACAAUCAACAAAUCUGUUUGCAAUAAUAGAAAAUUGUAUGCAUUUUUCCACGACGACGAUCGUAUUUGUUGAUAAUUGAAUAAGUCAGCUUCAUAUUUUCAAAGACCCGUUCGGAGAACAUUCGUGUUUAGAAUGGCAACAAGCUACUAUCACAACUUUAGUCGUAGAUCAAUUAUUAAGAUGCAGUUUUUCAUUCAUUCAUUUCAUUCUUGAUUCUUUCUCAAAUUAAUCAAUCAGUAUAGAAUCGCAUAAAAACUGUAGGUCCCCUUCAUUCUGACAUUUUUCCCAAACAGAAAUAGAAAAGGUUGAGAGUUGUAAGUCAAUAGGACCUGGUUUUUUACAAGCUGUUGCGCCAUCUUAAUCAGUUUUUUUUUCACAAACUCAAUUUUUGGAUUUGACACUUUUUUGUUGCUAUUCGUAGUACGAAUUUCCUGCGUCGAAAUGUAUUUUUGAAAUGAAUUCCAAUUUUUUCUUUGGUUUGCGUGUGACGAGACGCUAAGUUAGCAGAAGGCUAGCCGUAAGGGUUUUCCAAUUAGAACAACUUUUUUCGAAACAUUUAUGAAUGGUACUCGAGUUCGUUCAUAUGAUCAAUGCGAGCACGUUUGCAGCGGUCGAUUCGUUGGACCCAAUUUUCGAUGACUUGGCCACUCAUUUCGGACGCUAUUAAGCAUUCAAUGGUGAGUCCGAACUCUUCCAACGUCGUAGGCUUGUUGACAUAAACGAAUGGCUUAACGUAGCCCCAAAAGAAAAUAUAAUAGAGGUAUUAAAUCACACCAAACCAAGGCGGCCAAUUUCUUGAGAGAACACGCUCAUCAACCUUACUCUUCAACAAAUUGAUUAUAACUUGUGUUGUGUGGUGGCUUGUGGCUCCAUCCUGUUAAAACCACAUUUGGUCAAAAUCUCUCUUGCAAUUCAGACCACAAAAAAUUGGAAAUCAUGGCGUGAUAACACUUGCAAAUAACAGAUACGUGACAAUCGUUAUCGUCGACGAAAAAAUAUGACAAACAAUGUUAUGUUAUCUUGAAAAACCCACCCGGACAUUAUUCUUCUCAAAAAAUGUUGGUGAAUUUCUUGAUUGACUUGUCGAUUUUUGAAAUUGAUUUGUAUUAACAAUGGCAACAAAAAAGUGUCCUAUUUUCAUUCUGAACAAAAAUAUUUUUGAAAUGGUAGAGACCGUGAAAUUUACUAUCACUCAAAUUCCGUGGCAACCAUUUAUCAACGACUGAGGACAUGAUACAUAUUCUUUGCAUUCGUAGUACAAAUUGUCUCAAACUGAACCCGUGAUAGAGACCAGUAUUUCUGCCAUUGAGAUUUCUGGAUAUUGCUUGUUAUCCUUUUCAAACAAAAAAGGAAUAGAAUUGUAAGGGAAGUCGAACAAAACGUUUCUUAGAUUCUUGAAAAAUCAGACUUAGGAUUAUAAUUGAUUUAUAAAUUUCUUAUAUAUCUUUUAUUCGACACUUAUUUCUGCUCUUGAGUUUCUUGCAAUUCUAUACUGACGACAAAUUUUUCAAGUUAGGUAAGAGUUGUUUGCGCAAAAUUAUUAGGAAUUUCUUUUAUGUUUAACUUAAAACGUGAAUAAAAAGAAACAUUUAAAUUUCAAUCAAAUGGAGGUAAAAUAAUGAAAUAAACAAAAUUACCAAAAACAAAUAAACACAAUAAAAUAAAACAUAUUUUUCAAGUGAUAUUAAUUUAUAUUUUUCGAAAAAUAGAAAUGAAAAUAAAAAUAAAAGUGAAAUAAAAUCAAACAAGAUUAAAAUAAAUACAAACAAUCUUUUAAAAAAAAAACACACACAAAAAAUAUAUAUAACCAAUACGUUUUCCAAUGCCAUGAUUAAAAAAUAGCUUAUUGUGUCCAUACAACAACAACAACAAAAGAAAAAAACCAUCGAAAGGAAAGCAUUGGAUAAAUCAAAAAUAUAAUUUAAAAACAAACUACUGAUAGGAACUAGAACAAAAGAAAUGAAUAACAAAAACAAAAUACAACCAACAUUUAUGUAUGAUUUAAGAUUAAAGCUAAUUGAUAAUAGUUUAGUUUUUGUUUUUUUUUUUUUUAACUAGAUUAAGAGCUGUUUCUGUAUAACACUAAAAAAUUAAAAAAAAAAGAAA